CUCAAAGUAUGCUCUCCCUUCCUCUUCAGGUUGGGAUAGUGACAUGGCUUCACUUCUCCUCCUGGUGCACCUCCUUCCACCAACUCCAAGUGGAAAGAAGGGAGCGGUUAAACUCAGUAUCCGGGAAGCUGUUGAUCGUGUGGUCAAAUUUCACAAGUCAAGUCGCAGCCUUCAGGAACACUCUGGUCCAGACCAGCGGAGGCAGCCCUACAUCCUGGCAGUUGGGACGGCAAGAAACAGCAUCCAUCAGUACUACAUUGCGAUGGAUAAUGGGCUCCUUCCCUGCAAUGCCAGGUCUUCCCUCGCAGCCUUUGAUGAACUUUUCAAGGCACAUUAUGUGUUUGGUGUCUCCUAUGACCAGGCCUUAAACAGCAUGUUUACAUUUGUGCAGACCACCAUAUACAACAUUGACAUCGGACUCUCUCACGAAACUCCCAGAGUCAAGGACCUCAGGGCAAAGCUCCUCAACUGAACUUAUGAUGUUUGGAUGCUUUGUGUGCAAAUCCGCUUUUCACAGCAUUCAGCUGUUGGUCCGCCAUCUCAAAGUUUCCCAUGCCUUUUUUCCUGGUAAGCAGUUUCAAUUGGUGUGUGACCAGAAUGGAUGCCGUCACAGAUUUUGUAGUUUUUCAGGCUUCAGAAAACAUCUUCAGUGCAAGCAUAAUGCUGAAAUUCUAGAUCCAGCUAUUAAUGAACCAGUUACUCCUUCAGUUGUUGUACAUGAUCAGCGAACAGUAUCAACUUUAAUUUCAGAGCAACCAGUGAAUUCUCAAAGUUGUAUUGAGAACAGGCAACAUACCCAAGAAAUGUGUGCAUCCCUUAUUGCAAAACUCCAAAGCAGUGGUGUGGCUACUAAUGUUGUAAAGACUGUUGUUGCAAAUAUGGAGGAGCUUGUAGAGGAAUUGCAUUCAACUGUUAAAGAAGAUGUGAUAAAAUUACUACCCGAUGAGGGCAUGAGAGCAAAAUUUGAUGAAUACUUUGACAGUCUUGAAAAUCCAUUUAGCAAACUAAACACUGAGGCAAAAUUGAAAAAAUAUUUCAGUGAGAAAUGUCGUCUUGUAGAACCUGUUGAGGUCGCUCUAGGAGUGAGGUAUGACACCAGAAGGAAUCGAGACACUGGCACAUACGAACAAGUUCCUGUUACAGACAAAUUUGUGUACAUUCCUCUAUUGGAAACACUGAAAUUCAUAUUCCACAACAAGGAUAUUUGUGAUUAUAUUUUGCAGCCUUGUGAGAAAACAGGCGUUUAUAAAGAUUUCUGUGAUGGGAACUAUUUUAAAGAUCACCCCCUUUUCUCUGAAAAACCAAACUCUCUCCAAAUACAGAUAUUCUACGACGAUUUUGAAAUGGCAAACCCACUUGGAUCCAAGCAUGGUAUCCAUAAGAUUGGAAGUAUAUACUUUGUUUUACGAAAUCUGUCUCCAAAGAUAAACUCAGCUCUAAUGAAUAUUCAUCUUCUGGCACUUUUUCACACUGCUGAUAUAAAGAAGUAUGGAUUUGAUGCCAUCUUGGAGCCUCUUGUACAUGAUCUGAAAGUCCUUGAGUGCACAGGAGUGGAACUCCCUUUCUCUGAUGAACCAGUUUGCGGCACAAUUGCUCAAGUAACUGGGGACAAUUUGGGAUUGCACACACUUCUUGGGUAUGUUGAAUCAUUCAAUGCCAACUAUUUUUGCCAUUAUUGUCUGAUAGACAAACAGACCGCGCAGACAGUUUUUAGUGAUGAUGAUCCAAGAAUAACGUUCCGCAAUAAAGCCCUCCAUGCUCAGCAUUGCAAUGACCUCAUGGCAGAUCCUACACUGGCUUCAACAUUUGGAGUGAAGCGAACGUGUUUACUCAAUGAUCUACAGUACUUUCAUGUUUCUGACAACUAUGCUGUAGACAUUAUGCAUGACAUAUUGGAAGGAGUGGGGCAAUUUGAGCUAAAGUUGCUCUUUGGUUACCUCACAGACAACAUCAUGUCCAAGACAGAUGUUUGUAACCGGAUAUAUUCAUACAAUUAUGGCUUUGUUGAGCGAAAAAAACCGACCAACCAGAAUCAACUUGGAGCAGACUGGAAACGGCAUUGGUCUUAAUGCCAUUCAGACAUUUUGCUUGAUCCGGAAUAUGCCCUUGAUAUUUGGAGAUGUUGUACAAGAAGGAAAUGCACACUGGAGACUCUUGCUGCUUCUGUUGCAAAUUAUGAACAUCGUAUUUUCUCCAGUCGUUACUGAUGGCAUGACUGUAUGUCUGAAGCAUCUCAUUGUUGAACAUCAUCAACUUUUCAAACAGCUUUAUCCACAUCGCAAACUGAUUCCUAAACAUCAUUUCAUGACUCAUUAUCCCAGGUCCAUUCGAAAAAUAGGGCCAAUUCUUCAUGUUUGGACAAUGCGAUAUGAAGCCAAGCAUAGGUUCUUCAAGAACACAAUCAAAAAUUUCAAAAAUAUAACAAAGUCGUUGGCUAAAAAGCAUCAGAUGUCUAUAGCAUUUCAUUGGGAAUCAACACCUUUCAAAAGUAUUGACUGUGGGCCAGUGAAAACCGUUAAGCUCAAUGCCAUAGAAAAUGGUGAGAUAAUUGCUGAAGAACUACAGGUUGACUUGGACUGUGAAGUUGAUGUGACAUCUUGGAUCACUUGUUUUGGGACAGAAUAUCGCCCAGGCCUUCUGGUUUGCUCAAACAUAGAGGAUUUGCCAGUGUUUAGCCUGAUAAGAGAAAUUUUUUUACUUAAUGGAGACUAUUUUCUUCUAGCAGAGGACUUUGAAACACUUUGUUUUGCAGAACAUUUUCAUUCUUUUAAUGUGAGACAGGGAAAUGACAAAAAUAUUUCAGUUCUAAAAGUUGAUGAGUUGUGCUUGUUUAAGCCAUUUGAUUUGCAAACAACUUAUGGGUUGGACAGAGAUGACAAGUAUGUGGUGCCUGUGCAUGUGUUGCUGUAAGCAACUUGUUGAUUGGUUGCCAGGCACACCUUUAUUUUCUUUAUUUUCUAAACUUUCAAGUUCAAGUUGUUAGUUACAUCAUCUAAAUGUUAAACUAAUUUUCAUUCUUUUCAUGUGAGAGAGGGAUAUGACAAAAAUGUUUCACUGUUAAAAGUUGACGAGUUGUGCUUGUUCAAGUUGUUCAAGUUGUUGGUUACAUAAAUGUACAACUAAAUAUGGUUCUUGAUCGAAAAAAAUUAAAGUAAAUGUAUGCACUGUAAAAACAACAACAGCAUCAAUAAAAAUGUUUUCAAGAAUCUAAUGUGUAGACUAUUCAUUCAUGAAGUGUUGACAAUUCACCUCAAAGGUGUUGGUUGUACACCAGUCAGAGUACAUUCUCACUCUAGAAGUAUUAAAUAAUCAGCUCUGCGAAGUGCUACAAAGCACUGACUUGGAGUACA